AUGAAACAGCAGCAGCAGCAGGAGGAUGGGGGAGGAGGUCCACAAAGCACAAAAACAGGACCAGUGUCUCUGUCUCUCUCUCUCUCUGUGUGUCUCUGUGUGUCUCGCUGUGUCUGUCUCUCUGUCUCUCUCUGUCUCUCUCAAGUUCUGUCUGUUGUUGCGGUUGAAUCGUCUGACAUAUCUGUUCUUUUUUUUUUUUUUCAAGUUUGGGGGGUCAAGAUGUACCGUGGAUACCCGUUUGACCCCAUAAGAACAAGAGAGAGAAGAGAGAGAGAGAGAGCCAAGAAUCAUUGGAUGACAAAUGGUAGCAUAAUUCCGAACGGCUCUGAGUGCGACUCUUUUCGCCAGUUUUUCGCCGCAGCGAAGACACCAACUCGCAAGAUGGCCAAGGCACAAAAUCAGGGCAAGAGCACGCUCUGGGCGUCCAUUCUGGCCAAUGUGGCCUCCAAAACUACAACUCGUCAUCUCCCGUCCAAGAACGUCGUGGUGCUCGGAGACGAGGGCACUGGCAAAAGUUCGUUCAUUUCCCGACUUCAGGGCAACCAGAAAUAUGAUCCGAAAGAUCACCCCAUGGGCACCGGGUUGGAGUACACAUACCUCGACGUGCGGGACGAGGAAACUGAAGACGUGGUUGGACGGCUCGGCGUUUACACACUGGACGGCAACAUCGAACAUGCCCCACUCUUGGAUUUUGUCAUUACGCCCGAGAGUAUUAGCGAUCUAGUCUUUGUCAUCGUGGUGGAUAUGACCAAGCCGUGGGACAUCAUGCGUGGCCUCAAGCGCUGGCUUGGCGUCAUUGAAGAAUACACGGCCUCCUUGUAUCGCUCAUCCACCACAUCCGCCCCGGCGGGCACCGAUGAUUCUGCCGUGCCCGUGGACGGCGAAGGCGCAGUCACUGGUGGUGACGCAGACGCCACUGAUGCAGCCACAACUUCAGCACGUCAAGAACUGGAUGCACGCGAAGCCGUCGCCAAGCAACUGACAGAGAUGCGCGAGAAACUGGCACGAUAUGUGCAAGACCCGACCCUCGCGGAGAACACCUUGCUGGAGCUCGAAGACGGCGUUUUGACUACAAAUCUGGGUGUGCCCAUCGUCUUCGUGGUCAAUAAAUCGGAUGCCAUGGCAGCACUUCGCAAGGAUCGUGACUACCAAGGCCAGCACUUUGAUUUCAUUCAGCUACACGUUCGGCGCUUGGCCUUGGCGUAUGGUGCGGCAACUGUGUAUAGUUGCAAAGACGCCAGCAACAACACUGCCGUGCAUCGGUACCUGGUGCAUCGGGCCUAUGUGGGUGAUGACUUGACGCGGCAUCGUUUCCCCUUUCGUGCGGAGGACGCCAGCAACGAUCCUGAAACGUUCUUCAUGCCGUCAGGAGUGGACUCUGCUGCCAAGAUCCAGGUAUUGGAAGACGGUCUUAAAACCAUUAGUGCAAACGAUGAGUAUGAAGAGCAAAUAUUCCCACCGCCCACGUCAGAAGAGAAGGAGGUCUUGAUCGAGGUCAAGGAUGAGCAGGAAUUUCUCAAGGAGCAACAGGCGGUCCUGGGAAAAACUCAACUUUCGGCUGGCGUCGGUCGGCGACAAAACCUGUCUCUGGAUCCGCGCCGCAACAAGGACACCAAGGUGACCAUGUCCACGCUCAAGACUGGCAGCUUGGGUGCUGCGCCCGCCCCCAGCGGAGGAGGGGCUUCGGCGGUAACGUCAGCUCCAACCACCAGCGCUGGUCCUGUGGCUGCAACCCCGGCAGCCGCAACUGCAGCUCCCAAGCUGUCUGCACCCAAGCCUUCAGCAGGCCUCUCUGCAGGCGACAAGCCGGCCAGCGCUGCCACGCCAGCGCUGAGCGGCAUGCCUGGUGGGGUUGGAGCAGAUGGCAAGGCGAACAACGAUAUGUUGGCAUCCUUCUUCAGCAACCUGCUGAGCAAGAGCAACAGCACAGCAGCAGGCGGUGCCGGAGCGGCCAAGAAGUAGAGAUCAACGCCUUGAUUGGAAAUCGCUCUGCGGCGCGACACCCAUGCCCUGCCGCCCUUGAGUGGUCGUUCUCUCUCGUACCUUCUUGUGUUGCGGGCGUGUUGUAGAUUUCAGUGCAUCGGCGUGCCGUCUCAGUUUUUGCUUCCAUUGUCCUUUUUGAAGCGGGCAGGCGGGAGGCUGAUCAUUUAGCUGUGUCAUGUGAUAAGCAGCGGUGCUGUGUGACGUUUGGGUCGAGAGUCGAGUGAACAAGCAGAGUUGUUCGCCCCGCGAAGACCACGUGGCUUUUGUUCUUGUGUGCGUCAAAAUUGACAAUGUAAACCUC